AAAUGAUAAAUCUACUUAGACAAUAACCACACCAAAAUUUACAAGAUAAUUUGAAAAAAUAAACACUAAGAUUUUUAUUUUGGCGCAUUAUAUUUUUAUAAUAACAAUAUAUAUGUAAAGUCACAUAAAAGUAUUUAUUCUCUCACAAAGUCUUACGGUAUUUAGAACAGUACCAAAUCGAUUCUCUUCAUCUUCCUCUUCAUAAUAUGCCAUUGUUGAUGUCUCUGUGUCUUAUCGCAUAACACUCACGCUAACUUAUUAUUCUCCAUCUCUCUUUCUCUCUGAAAGGACAUCUUAAAAAAAAAAUGGCGUUGAGACUUUUGAAGACUCAUCUUCUGUUUUUGCAUCUGUAUCUAUUUUUCUCACUAUGUUUCGCUAACACUGACAUGGAAGUUCUCCUCAAUCUCAAAUCCUCUAUGAUUGGUCCUAAUGGCACCGGUCUCCACGACUGGAUUCCUUCCUCUUCUCCGGCAGCUCACUGUUCUUUCUCCGGUGUUUCAUGUGACGGCGAUGCUCGUGUUAUCUCUCUCAACGUCUCCUUUACUCCUUUGUUUGGUACUAUCUCACCGGAGAUUGGGAUGUUGAAUCGUUUGGUGAAUCUAACUUUAGCUGCCAAUAAUUUCUCCGGUGCAUUACCAUUGGAGAUGAAGAGUCUAACUUCUCUCAAGGUUUUGAAUAUCUCCAACAAUGGAAACCUUAAUGGAAGCUUCCCUGGAGAGAUUGUUAAAGCUAUGGUUGAUCUUGAAGUUCUUGACGCUUAUAACAACGGUUUCACCGGUACGUUACCACCGGAGAUUCCAGAGCUUAAGAAGCUCAAACACCUCUCCCUCGGUGGGAAUUUCUUCAACGGAGAGAUUCCAGAGAGUUACGGAGAUAUCCAAAGCUUAGAGUAUCUUGGUCUCAACGGCGCUGGAAUCUCCGGUAAAUCUCCGGCGUUUCUAUCUCGGCUCAAGAACCUAAAGGAAAUGUAUAUAGGCUACUACAACAGCUACACCGGCGGUAUUCCACCGGAGUUCGGCGGUUUAACAAAGCUUGAGAUACUCGACAUGGCUAGUUGUACUCUCACCGGAGAGAUUCCGACGAGUUUAAGUAAUCUGAAACAUUUACAUACUCUGUUUCUUCAUGUCAACAACUUAACCGGUCAUAUACCACCGGAGCUUUCCGGUUUAGUCAGCUUGAAAUCUCUCGAUUUGUCAAUCAACCAGUUAACCGGAGAAAUUCCUCAAAGCUUCAUCGAUCUCGGAAACAUCACUCUAAUCAAUCUCUUCCGGAACAAUCUCUACGGACAAAUACCAGACUGCAUCGGAGAAUUACCAAAGCUCGAAGUCUUUGAAGUGUGGGAGAACAACUUCACGUUACAAUUACCGGCGAAUCUUGGCCGGAACGGGAAUCUGAUAAAGCUCGAUGUAUCUCAUAAUCAUCUCACCGGACUUAUCCCCAUGGAUUUGUGCAGAGGUGAGAAAUUGGAGAUGUUGAUUCUCACUAAUAACUUCUUCUUUGGUCCGAUUCCAGAAGAGCUUGGUAAAUGCAAGUCGCUAAACAAAAUCAGAAUCGUUAAGAAUCUUCUCAACGGAACUGUUCCGGCUGGGCUUUUCAAUCUACCGUUAGUUACGAUGAUCGAACUCACUGAUAAUUUCUUCUCCGGUGAACUUCCGGCAACGAUGUCCGGCGAUGUUCUCGAUCAGAUUUACCUCUCAAACAACUGGUUUUCCGGCGAGAUUCCACCUGCAAUCGGUAAUUUCCCCAAUUUACAGACUCUGUUCUUAGAUCGGAACCGAUUUCGCGGGAAUUUACCGAGAGAAAUCUUCGAAUUGAAGCAUUUAUCGAAGAUCAACACAAGUGCCAACAACAUCACCGGCGUUAUUCCAGAUUCAAUCUCUCGCUGCACUACUUUGAUCUCCGUCGAUCUCAGCCGUAACCGAAUCACCGGAGAAAUCCCUGAAGAUAUCAACAACGUGAUUAACUUAGGAACUCUUAAUCUCUCCGGCAACCAACUCACCGGUUCAAUCCCUACCAGAAUCGGAAACAUGACCAGUUUAACAACUCUCGAUCUCUCUUUCAACGAUCUCUCCGGAAGAGUACCACUCGGUGGUCAAUUCAUGGUGUUCAACGAAACUUCCUUCGCCGGAAACACUUACCUCUGUCUCCCUCACCGCGUCUCAUGUCCAACACGGCCAGGACAAACCUCCGAUCACAACCACACGGCGUUAUUCUCACCGUCGAGGAUUGUACUCACGGUUAUCGCAGCGAUCACAGCUUUGAUCUUAAUCAGUGUAGCGAUUCGUCAGAUGAAGAAGAAGAAGAACCAGAAAUCUCUCGCCUGGAAACUAACCGCCUUCCAGAAACUAGAUUUCAAAUCCGAAGACGUUCUCGAGUGUCUUAAAGAAGAGAACAUAAUCGGCAAAGGCGGAGCCGGAAUCGUCUACCGUGGAUCCAUGCCAAACAACGUAGACGUCGCGAUCAAACGACUCGUUGGCCGUGGAACCGGGAGGAGCGAUCAUGGAUUCACGGCGGAGAUUCAAACUUUGGGAAGAAUCCGCCACCGUCACAUAGUGAGACUUCUUGGUUACGUAGCGAACAAGGAUACGAAUCUUCUUCUCUAUGAGUACAUGCCUAACGGAAGCCUUGGAGAGCUUUUGCAUGGAUCUAAAGGAGGUCAUCUUCAAUGGGAGACGAGACAUAGAGUAGCCGUGGAAGCUGCAAAGGGCUUGUGUUAUCUUCAUCAUGACUGUUCACCAUUGAUCUUGCAUAGAGAUGUUAAGUCCAAUAACAUUCUUUUGGACUCUGAUUUUGAAGCCCAUGUUGCUGAUUUUGGGCUUGCUAAGUUCUUAGUGGAUGGUGCUGCUUCUGAGUGUAUGUCUUCAAUUGCUGGAUCUUAUGGAUACAUCGCCCCAGAGUAUGCAUAUACCUUGAAAGUGGACGAGAAGAGUGAUGUGUAUAGUUUCGGAGUGGUUUUGUUGGAGUUAAUAGCUGGGAAGAAACCUGUUGGUGAAUUUGGAGAAGGAGUGGAUAUAGUUAGGUGGGUGAGGAACACGGAAGAGGAGAUAACUCAGCCGUCGGAUGCUGCUAUUGUUGUUGCGAUCGUUGACCCGAGGUUGACUGGUUACCCAUUGACCAGUGUGAUUCAUGUGUUCAAGAUAGCAAUGAUGUGUGUGGAGGAUGAAGCUGCGGCAAGGCCUACGAUGAGGGAAGUCGUGCACAUGCUCACUAACCCUCCUAAAUCCGUGGCUAACUUGAUCGCGUUCUGACCAAAGCAAAAGAUAAAAUGAAAAUAAGAUGUGUAAUGUGGUGAUAAUUUUUUUGGGUGUUCCUAUUUAUGGUUUCAAAUACUUUCGGGUUGUAUAUUUGCUGUGUUUCAAUUUGUAUAUUACCUCUUAUGUGUUCUUAUCUUCUCGAGUAUGAGAGAGAUGUAAUCAAUAUGCUUAUUGCUAAUGGCUUUAAACUUUAGCUAAUUCUCCUUUCAGAGUGUAUAAAAUAAAAAGAAUGUGAGAGCUUUGAC